CGGGGGGGCGGUGCGAGCCUCGAGCCCCGGGAGCGGCUGGACUCCGCGCGCGACUUGUUGUGGCUUUUGCUUGUCCCGGUGCCGCUGAGCUCGCCGCGCCCGCCGCGCACAGUCGGAGCUUCCGCGGGACCCAGCGACCCCCGAGCCGCCCCGGGAGGGUUCAUGCAGCUGCAAGCUCACCGAGCGCCAUGGCCAGAGCACUGCAGGAGGGGAGCCGCGUUCAGCCGACAGCCGCCCUGCCAGGGGACCCAGGCAUCCUGCUGGGGGGGCCGGUGGCCGUGCCGCCCCCCAUCUGCCCGGGCAGCCUCGCCCUGCCACCCCGGCUGAACUGCGGCCUGUGCCCGGACGGCCCCGCUCCCUGCUCGCUCUACCGCUGCAUCCGGGGGCCAGAGCCCCCCCGGCGCUGGGACGCCCCCCAAGCUGGCAGGACCAGGGGCAGCGUGGCACAUGGAGAGCUCCAGCCCGUGCAGGAUGAGGGGCCCAACAGGGAGUGGCCCCCCACAGAGCCAGCCCCAGAGGGCGCAGUGUCCAACGGCCGCCUCCCCGGGGAGCCCCUGGACCCGGAGCAUGCGCUGGGGGCCCAGCUACGGCGCAUGGGCGACGCCUUCCACCAGGCCCACGAGAGGCAGUGGCGGGAGCGGCAGCGACAGGGAGCGCUCUGGGCCCGUUUCUACCACUUCAUCUCUCAGCUGCUGGGUGCCCUCUACAACAUGCCCGUGGACGUGAUGCCAGAGCUGCAGCCCAACUAGCGCAUCUCGGGGCCGGAGCCGCAGCGGCG